AUGGCUGCUAACCUCGGGAAAAGUGCCCUGGCUGAUGUACACCAGGAGGGACUCGACCAGCUUCUCUCUGAAUUGGCCGACUACUACCCUGGGUCUGAUCACGAUGUGUAUUCCUUGGGGAUCCCAGUGCUGGACUCAUUACUAGAGGUGUUCGCACCUAAGACAUCUCACAAUCGAAGCCGUAGAGCUUCUGACCAGGACCAACUGAGAGAUUACCAAGCUGCUGCAUACGAAGAAAUGCUCAUGCAGGUCGAGACUGAAGAUGAUAACUCUUACGGACCAAAUGUCAUGCAUGCGCAAGAUGAUACCGGCCCUGUCGAUGCCUUAUUUCCGGAACCUGAUGAGGCUCAGAAACGUCCAAUCCCAAUUUUGGAAGUUUCAAGCUGUCUCUCUUCCUCGGGGAAGUCGCAGCUGCUGUACUAUCUAAGUGCUAUUGCCAUUCUGCCUCGAGCAUACGGUGGCAUCCCAGUCGGUGGCCAUGAAGCGGCGGUCGUUUUCAUAGAUACGGAUGACCGGUUCGAUGCUGAACGACUACGCGUUGUAGCCCGGAGAAUCAUGCAGGAGCGUAUGGCAAGACUGUCAUCCAUUUCUGAAGAACAGUCAGCUGGACUACCAACUGACUGUGAUAUGGACGCAUUGAUUGUUUCAUCACUCCGGCAUGUCCAUGUCUUCCGUCCUCAGUCCUCAAUCGCUUUGCUGGCCACCCUGCACUCUCUUGGGCCCUACCUCUUUGAUCUAUCGCGGCACCAGUCCGCCUCGCGUCCUUUGCAGAUGAUUGCCAUUGACAGUAUCACCGCAUUCAUCUGGCAAGAUCGGCUCCGAGACGAAGUAGCCCGCACGGAGGAAAUCGGGCGUUCUCGAGAAGAGGUUGAUAGUGAGCGUGAGCAGAAACGCAGAUUCUGUUUGCCGAUUCUAUACGAUGAACUGGCCAAGCAAUUGAAGCAACUCCAAGGUCAAUUCCACUGUGCGAUAGUGUACACGUCAGUGGUUUCGGGGGGUCGACCUGCUGCUGAUCAAGAUGAGCCUCAGUCUCGAUUCUCGACGUUGAAACCAGCUCUCCCCGCACCCUGGGGUAAAUUGCCGACUUUGCGUUUGAUUGUGCAUAGAUCCACUGUCCGUCCUUUCCCGCCUAGUAUGACACCUCUUGCAGCAGCCAAGGAUGCCCCUUCCCGACAAAGCGUGGUUCACCAAGGCAAAAUUUCCGCUUGGGUGAAUGAAUGGGACCGUGACGGUUGGCCUCGUCGGAUAGUGGAAGCUGUCGAGGCAAGCAACGGGGGAAGUUUCUCCUUCUUUGUGCGUGAAACAGGGGUUGAGUUUAGCGAUCCUGCGGAUUGA